UGUCCUCUCCCUGUCAGUUUCCCUCGCCUGCAUUUCAUUCACAGUUUGGGACAGACACAACAACAGCAGGCAUGAGUGGACGAGUUGGAGACUUGAGCCCAAAGCAGGCUGAGAUAUUAACUGAGUUUCGGGGCAGGAUCCAGGACGUCCUCCCCAGCCUCCCCGCGCAGCACGACCACUACCUGCUCCGCUUCCUCCGAGCUCGUAGCUUCAAUGUUCAGAAAUCUGAAGCCAUGAUCAGAAAGCAUGUGGAGUUCAGGAGGAAGAUGAACGUAGACACCAUCAUCUCUGACUGGAAACCUCCAGAGGUGAUUGAGAAGUAUGUGUCUGGAGGGAUGUGUGGGUACGACAGGGAGGGGAGUCCCAUCUGGUACGAUGUGAUUGGUCCUAUGGAUCCUAAAGGUCUCCUGAUGUCGGCCACCAAGCAGGACUUCCUGAAGACCAAGAUCAGACACACAGAGAUCCUGAGGAGGGAGUGCAGGAGGCAGUCUGAGAAGUUGGGGCGGCACAUUGAAUCUGUCUCUCUGAUCUACGACUGUGAAGGACUCGGACUGAAACACAUCUGGAAACCUGCUGUAGAGACUUAUGGAGAGGUCCUCACCAUGUUUGAAGAGAAUUACCCAGAGGGCCUGAAAAGGCUUUUUCUAAUCAAAGCUCCCAAAAUGUUUCCCGUGGCCUACAAUCUAAUCAAACACUUUAUGUGUGAGGAAACGCGGCGCAAGAUCUACAUUUUAGGAAGUAACUGGCAGGAAGAGUUACGUAAACAUGUCGACCCAGACCAGCUUCCUGUGGCGUACGGUGGAAACAUGACGGACCCUGAUGGAGACCCUCGCUGCAGAACCAUGAUAAAUUAUGGUGGCACAGUUCCCAGGUCGUACUAUGUGCUUGACUCGGUGAAUGUUCAGUACGACAGCAGUGUGACCGUCAGCCGGGGCUCCGCCUUCCAGCUGGAGUACGAUGUGACAGCCGCCAGCAGCCUGCUGAGGUGGCAGUUCACCAGUGACGGAGCAGACAUCGGGUUUGGAGUGUACAGACGGACUAAAGAGGGCGGGGCUCAGAAAGUGUCUGAGAUGCUGCAGGUUCUGCCCAGCGAGCGCUACAACGCUCACCUGGUGCCUGAAGACAGCUGCCUCACCUGCCCCGAGGCCGGAGUCUACGUGCUGUGCUUUGAUAACAGCUACAGCAUCCUGCAGUCCAAGAAGGUGAGCUACAAAGUGGAGGUGCUUCCUCCUGCGGACGGAUGCAGCGUUCUUGCAGCAGACGAGGCAGGAGGCUGCGGUGAUCGAGAGCUCAGAUCCCCGUGCGACAGAGUUCACUGAGUGUUCAUCCACAGCCAAAUCAAUGCUUUAGCAUCAGGGCAGCAUUAGCCCUCUUCAGGGCCCUAGGGCAAAACAUUAGCCAUGGCCACUGAUUACAUGUAUCCCUCUGUGCACUGUGUAUGUAUAAGGUCACAGGCGGUAAUUAGCCUGUGAAAACAUGAUCAGCAAACUGAGGACAGUCUCGGUUAGAGAAUAGCUGGUAAAGAUAGAGGAGCAUUUAUCAGUUGAGCAGACUUACCUCAGAAGUUGGAAGAUUAUUGUAACAGUAUUGAUUAUAGCUGCUUCAAGUACAAGUCAUUUCCAAAUGUGUCUUUACGGACAAGAAACUGACUCAAGAAAUCUACCAAGGGACAGUGAGCUUCUUCUCAUACCAUCUUUUCCAUUUACGGACACCAGUUUCUGUGACGUUUAAGAAAUCAGUUUACUGGCUGUUACCCAGUUGAUGUAAACACGAAUGAACUCUAACACUGUAGAGUUCAGGUCUACAUUACUGCAGCAAAAGGAUAAGUUACUCUUUAAGCACAUUUUUAAAAAUAAUUUCUGCAAUGUAAACAAUAAAGUACAAGAAUGUAGAAUUUGACCUCAGAACAGAAGAGCCAGACGUUUAGGUUGCUGUCAUACAGUAUAUCCAUUAAGGUGUGGGUUUACUGUUCAUUUAGAUAUGGUUACACACAUUUCUUUACUUUUAACAUACACAACUAAAAUAUACCAUGAUCUUCCAAUUAGAAAAUAUAUCACUCAGAACAAAGUUUUAAACUUUACCGACAACAUAUUUCACAGUUGUAGAAGUUUUAAUAGGGAUAUAUGUACAGGACAGAUUGUCCUUUGUUUAAUUAGUUUUUUUAUAAGAACAUGUCUCACCAGAAUUUGAAAACAGAAUCCCUAACAUUAUAAACUCAUAAUUUAAAGGUCCCCUAUUAUACUAUUUUUCAACAAUAUAUUGUAUGUCUCAGAUAUAAAACAUGUCUCUGAAGUGUUUAGCUUGUAAUCCGAAACAGAUCAUGCAUUGUAGCAUCCCAUAAACCCCUCUGUUUCAGCCCUGUUUCAAAAGUGCUGAUUCUGUGUAGCUUUAAAUGCAAAUGAGCUGCCAUUCCAAAUGCCACUUGUUUUUUUUUUUAACCAUGUUUGGUUGAAACACAAUGGUGCUCUAGGAGGAGAUUGGUUGGCGGUGGUUACGUUAGAUGGUUCUUUACUAAUGGUUUCACAUCCCAGAAAAACUUUGUGACAUCAACCGUAUCCUUGUGUACGAAGAAGCCAAACGUCACACACAGACUAAGAAGACCAAAGGAGAUAAAGUUACUGAAUGACAUCAUUCAUCAAAUUCUGUUUCAGAUGAUUAUGUUUCAAUAAUUGUGCGUUAUGCUGCUCAUAUUGCAUUAAUCAUGAGUCAAUAUCUGUUUAAAUAAAUGAUGUUGAUAAUGAUCUUGCUAAAUCUCAGUCUACCCUUAUAAUCAACAUGAAGUCAUUAGUAUGAUAUCAUUUGUAAAUUCAUGUGAACGAUAUAAUGAAGUCUAUAACACCAUUUCUACAACCUGAUAAUAAAUACAUAUUAAACACAAAGCAA